AUGAAUUCAACUAAUUUUACAUCAAUACAAACAUCUGUUUCGAAAUCAUCUACUAUAAAUACUGAAUCAUGGUUUAUUCCUCUCGAUAUUAUCAAUAUUAUAUUUCUUAUUUUGGUGAUAAUACUAGGUGUACUAUUUUUAUUUAUUAUUAUAAUUGAUAAAGCAUGUCACACAGUUCCUAUGAUGCUUGUAGCUGAUUCAUGUUUAACUGAACUUCUUUUCGCAAUUGAUUUAUUCGGGGUAAUGAUUUGGUCUCUUAAAAAUGAUCUUAAGCAAAUUGCAUAUCAAGAUUCACUAUGUAUUUUUCGAGGCUAUUUCGGUCAUGCUAUAUUUGCUGCACAAUUACAAUCUUAUUUAUUACAAGCAAUCUAUCGUUAUAUAACAGUUGUCUACCCGACACGACUUUUCUGGCAAUCAAAACAGUUUCAGGGUUUUCUGAUUGGUUUAACAUGGGUAUGUGGUUUUAUAUUUGCUAUUCCACAUGUUGUCAAUGAUGGAAUUCAAUAUAAUGCUGACAAUCAGAUAUGUGAAACACCUUUUCGUUUGUCUUUUGUAAUAAUUUAUAACAGCAUUGUUGGCUAUUUCAUACCCAUGAAUGGUAUUAUGUUUAUUUAUAUCAAACUAGUUUUCUAUGUAAAAGAGAUGAAUAAACGUGUAACUAUAGUUAAUACUGUAUCUCGUGCACAGCGAGAACUAAAAAUGGUUCAUCGAAUAGUUAUACUUGUAUCAAUAUUAUUAAUACUGGGUAUACCUUAUACAACUUUCACCUUUAUCGGAUUUUUUACUAAACCACCUAAAUAUGAUUUUCGCAUUUCGUUUACGUUUAUGUACAUCGCACUGUUAUUUAUUAUGAUUACUCUAUUUCAAUUCACUGAUUCUGUUAAGAUAUAUAUCAUGACAAAAAUAAAGCGCCGAUCAAAUACAAUUGCAGCAGCAACAAUACAAAUGAUUGGGAUCAGAUAA